CGGUUAGUGAGGAACUCAUCUAGGAAACGGUAUUGUUUUGGUUUUCAAAAAUGUAUCUAUUUUGACAAAUACACAUACCACUAUGAUGAUUUAAUGGAAGAGAUUUCAAAUCAUUACCCGGGAAAUAGAGAUCUCAUUUUCUCAAUUUGUUUCGUUGACAAGAAUGCCACGGAGCAAUCCUUUAUUAAGCUUGAUUCUCAUGACAACUUGCAAUUGAUGCUUGAUAUGUAUGAGAUGGAAAAAGAGUUAACAGUGUAUGCAACGACGAAUAAUAAUUUUGCGACUAUUUCAAACACACAGAGGGGUCAAGAUGAAGUUGUUAAUGAAACACACGAGGAAGAAUCUGAAUACUCAUUAAGCGAUGAAAGUUAUCAUAGUCGUUAUAGUACCGAUAAUGAAGGCGAGCUGCAGAGUUCUGAAGAGGAAGAAACGUAUAGCAAGAAAACUCCAACCAUCAAAGUAAACUCAACAUUUGAUAUUGUAGUCGUGUUUAGAAAGGCGUUGAUCCAAUAUGCAAUAAAAAAUGAAUUUCAAUACUUUGUUGAGAAGAGUGAACCCACACGAGUCACGGCAAGAUGUUCAAACUUAAAAUGCAAAUGGAGAAUACACGCUUCUGUCAAGCAAGAUGGAAUCACAUUUGAGACGUUCGUAGAAGCACAUUCUUGCCCUCGAAGAAACAAGGGUGGUAACAAGCUUGCAAGUCAAGGAUGGAUUGCUAGUGUGAUUAGAGAUAUGCUAAAAUCAGAUGGGGAUAUCCCUUUGAGGUUCCGGUGA